GGCACGUGACCCGUGCCCCAACAAUUCGAAGAUGGCGAUGAGCCCCAGAGGACUCGUGCCUGCUUGGCAAUGGACCCCUUGGCCUCUGGCCUGGAAACUGGCCCAGUGGCCCGGAGACAUCACCACCCUUCUGGAAGGAGAGGUUGGCCCCUAUACACGCGAGGUUGCGGUCCAGGUGUCCCCGCGCCGUGACUCCUCCGUUCAGUGCGACCUGGAGGGCCCCAUCCACGUCCGCCCAGAUCUGAGGCCACGUCCACUUCUUGGCCAGAGGCCGCAAGCCCAGAAGGGCCAGUUGGGGAAGGCCUCUUCACCAUGUGGAAUCGGCGCAAUAUGCUCCUACGUACCCUUGCGCCAUCCGCAAAACGUCAUCGCCACGGAAGGGGUUACCAGAACUAACAGUUCCCAGCCAGCAGGAAGUGACGUCACCAAAGCCCAGGAUCAAGGAAAUGAUGUCGUCAAAGCCCAACAAGCAGGAAGUGACCCGGCCAAUGCAGAAAGUGGGGGGGAAGUUGAAAGCGACCAUGUGACCGAAGGGCAGGAGAAAAGGAACUACCCGUCGUUUCAGUUUCUGGAACAGAAGUACGGCUAUUUUCACUGCCGGGAAUGUGGCACACGAUGGGAAAGUGCCUUCACCUGGUGUGUGUCCGGCACCUUCAAGGUUUACUUCAAGCAGCUUUGUCGGAAGUGUCAGAAGUCCUUCAAUCCUUACCGCGUGGAGGACAUCGUGUGUUCGCGGUGUUCGCGCCCCGUGUGCGUGUGCUCGUCCGUGCAAGGCCGCUCGUUCCCGCGAGCCCCGCGUCGCCCUCACCGCCAGGACCUGUGCUCGCGCUGCCGCGGGCGGCCGCUAUCCUGCGUGCGCACAUUCAGCUUCAAGUACAUCCUGUGAUAGCCCGCUCACCCGCGCGUGCGUGCGUGCGCGUGUGUACGCCGCGCUGGUCGUGCGCGCCGUACCACGUUCGCCGCUGCAUUGCGCAAAGGCUCGCGUACAUCGCAACGCUCGCCACAGUGCCACGACAUGUCUACGUACGAAUACACAAUUCGCCGAACCGCGCCGAUCAACAUGGAGUAUGGUCAAGUGAUCCUCGUUGUUGUCUGCUGUGCCCUGCGUAUGUGAACGCUGCGGUCAGUUGUUCUACGCAUGCCACCGUGUACUCUGCCAUGUACACAGGAGCACGUAUCAUGCAACACAUGUACACCACCAGCACCCAAAUUAGUGUCCUACACAUUUAUGCUGUGCACACAAGCAUGUACACGACAUUACGUAUAAGAAAACGCAUUGCGUCAUGUACUACCACGCCCUGUCCUACACGUGGUAACGUGUACAUAUCCACAAACCCACACCAAACCACACCGAGUGAAACGCAAGUGACAUACUCCUACCACUACCUUACUGCGUGCAUUGUCCUGUACGUCGUUCAAUUUGCACUUCGACGUGCACAUGGGGCCAUAUGUAUGACAACGUGCGACAUGCACACACCCCCAUCCACACACGGCACUUCUUACAACAGCGUAGUCUGCAGCGUGUAGGGCACAGCAUGUUAAUGAAGCACGUCAGAGACACAACCCCUUCACCAACCCACACUGACUAGUGUGGCAAAAUACGGUCCAAUGACCCCCAUGACUGCAUUGUAUUCAUAACAGGCUGUAAAUUAAGCUUCGACUUGGAUUGUAUUCUGUAAUCACGCAUGCACACUACACCAGUGAUUCUCAACCUUUUUGGUAUGUCAGCCCCCCCACCCCCCCCCAAAUUUAAAACCACUGAUUCCCUGCACCCCCCACCCCCUUUCCCUAGGUUCCUAAAGUCAGAAAUCGCGUGUCCUCCCCUCGAGUCAAGUCGGUGCUAGGAAUGUUAGUGAAGUGUUUGUUUCAAGGUGUGUAAUGGUAUAUUUUGUUGCCACGAUGCGACGCUGACAUUCCCAGUGCACGUUCAAACCUUCCCCUGCAUCAUGUCCAUCAUGCCGCAGCAAAGGCAACUCGCGGGUGGCUAAGAAGGCCGCUGCACUACAUCUUGUUAUCUUGUGUCGCCACAUUGUGCGCAACAAAUAAGACACGCGAGUGGGUCGGUGGGACGGAGGGGGGUCGUGGACAUUCGCGGGACUGGUGGUCAGGUUUCCACAGUAAGCCCCCUCAUGUGAGUUCGUAAACACACUCCGCUUCUUGUGGUUGUCUGCCACUGUUUUUGAAACCCAGAAGCUCCUGCACUGAAAAUGGAUCGAUGAGAUUUCAAUAAAUGUAAUG